GUAGAGUUACAUCACAAGCCUGCGAAUCGUUGAAACUUUUUCCAAUUGUCAAUUCUUGAAGGUAUACUAAGUGGGUUAUAGGAAUCUGGUUCAAGUGUUGUGUGGCCGAAUAGAGAUAUCUUGUUUUGUCGAUUGUUGGUUGGAAGCGUGUAAAAUACCAACCGAAGAAGAGAAAAGUCUGGGUUUGAAAACUGGAAAGUUCAGAAAAGUCUUGGUUAAAAGAACGGAAAACAAUAUUGGCAUUCUUCCUGCUAAUCGUCAGCAAUGGGUCAUAGUGAAAGCUGGAGGGAUAAUGCUUUGCCCAAUGUAAGCGUUGAAGGGGCAUCCUCCAAUCAUUGUACAUCCCCAAAGGUAGAUCGGUCUCCCAAGACACCAAAAUCUCCUUCAUUUUACUUGGGUGAGGAAGAAGAUAAGGCUGGUAAUGAUAUUCAGAAGCCAUCAAUCAAUAUUUCCAAUUACAAUCUGUCUUCAGAAUUGAAGGUUCCUAAAAGACAAGAUAAAUUACCCCCGGGUAGACAAAAAUUAUCGAUUAGCACAAAUCUUCAUCCUUCUCGAAAUACCAACUCGAGCUCAUUUUUGGAUUCUCAGCUGGUUGUUUCUUCUCAAAGGGAACCUUUUUCUAAUAUCGAUAAUAUUUUACAAUUCCCAAUUGAAUCUUCUCAUGCUUAUUCAUAUGCACAUCUUUCUCCAAAUUCUUUAGCUCUAAGACUCAAUGUUUUGAAGAGAUCUUUACAAAUAUUGAAGGAUAGACCCAGUUUAUAUAAAUCAAUGAGUUUAUCCCAAUUAAUUAAUUAUAAUGAUACCGAUGAUAAAUUAUUGAAUUCUUUCAAAUCUGGUAAUCGACCAUCUUCCUUUUAUAGAAAUCCUCUGGCAAAUAAUAGUGGUGACUUGUAUUUACCUAUUCCAGAUCAAACUAAUAACCUUAAUAAUAACAAUAAAUUGAAACUACAAUCAAAUGCAUCAUCUGCCGCUUUGGCAGCUUUUUUCAGACCUCCAAUGAAAAGAUCUGAUAGUUUACCUGUCAAUCAAUUAUAUUCUCAUAAAUUUGCAUCCGCUUCAUCUCUUGAACUUCAAUCUCCUGAAAUGAAAGAAUCUAAAUCUCUUAAUAAAGAUUUAAAAGAUAUCGUGCAAUUACUUGAAGAUGAUGAACUGGCUUUAGCUAAUCAUACAGAUAUUGCUUCCACUCUACAUGAUUUAUCCCUUUCCUCAAAUAAAGAAGAAGAUCAACGUUUAAAACAAGAUUUCUUAAAAAAUAAAUUAAUCUAUGCUUUAGCUACUCCUUUUGUUGAAACUUCAGUAAUGACUUCAGCUUUGUUGGGUGCUCCUAGCUCCGCUUCAUCUGCUGCGAUAACUCCUCUAUCGUCAAACUUCAAACAAUCGGGCUCCGCUAGUUAUUUUAACCAAAAUUUUUCUUCCGCUACUUUAAAUUCUUUGAAUAUAACUCCAUCGGUUACUCAACCUGCAUCAGCUAUUCCCGGAUCUAAUGGUAACAAUCGUACUUUUCAUUCGAUUUCCCUGGGUAAACACGCUGCUCCCCAAUCUGUUUUCACAGUUGAACUUGAUAGUCCCUGGUCUUUGAAAGCUGCUAAUGAUUUGGCUUGCUUGAUGUUUGGUGUCUCAAAAAAUACAAUAAGAAGUUUGACCUUAAUGGAUCUUAUCGCUCCUCAAUUUAGAAAUUUUGUUACUGAAAGAUUAACUCGUGUAAGUAAUAGUGUUGGAUUGAAAUUUAAAUCUAAAAAUCAAGAAAGAAGUGCAUCCCUUAAUAUUAUAUUCGCUGGUGAAAUCAUAGCGAUUUCAAGACCCGGUGAUAAACAGUAUGCUUGGACGUCUAUGUGGGCUAAAAGGAGGGGUGAUCUUAUUAUCAUUAUGUUUGAUCAAAUACCUUGUGAUGCUUUCGACGUUGUUAUCCUGUGUGAUAAAGAAAAAUAUACCGAAGAAGGCUACAAGAUUCAAUCAAUAGAUGAAAUUGCUGGGAAACUUAUUAAUAAAAGGAACCGUGAUAAUAUUAAUCGAGUUGAAGCUUUAAGUGAAGCUAUUGAUAAAGAUUUGAAACAAAAUAAUGACGACCCUGAGGAUAAUAGUGGCUUCAUAAAUUAUUAUUUACCGCAAGAUAUAUCAGACAGUGAAAAAAUUAAUAGAACCCGUUAUUAUACUCUUCAAAUCGAUGGUGAUGAAAAUGGUAAUAUACCUUGUGCAGUUACUUCGAAUCCGCUCGAGAUAAAUCCUGAUAAAUACGAAAUUAAGUUAAAGUUUCACACUUUGCCAUAUAUUGCUGGUAUUUUUGUCUUAAGAGCUACUGAUUUGAAAAUUUUAUCUUGUAAUAAUGCCAUCGCUAAAAAUUUAUUUGGUCGCUCAUUUGAUGAAUUGACACAACAAUCAAUAGAUUAUAUAAUACCUAAAUUUUCAGAAAUUUUACAAACUGGGUUAGAAAUAAAUGAUGAUGCUUUCAAUAUAGUCCCUGGUUUAGUGUUACCUGAGCAUUUUUUUAGAAGGUAUGAUGCUGUGUUGCGUUAUGAAAAUGAAGCAGAACUCGAUGAUAAUGAUGAACCAUUAAGUGAAGAGGAAUUAUUUUUAGGCUCUCACGGUAUUGUUGGUCUUCAUAGGGAUGGGAAACCACUUUUUAUAGAUGUUCAAUUGAGAGUUUCCGCAAAUGAUACUUACGUUUUAUGGGUUACUUAUUCAAGACAGUCUAGUAAAAACAAUCAUGAUGUUUCUAAAGAACUCGAUAAAUUGAGUACUACUACUUCGUCUCUAUCUUUAUCCACUACGUCGACAGAGAAAUCACCAGGUUUUAAACGUUCAAGAUUGAAUAGCAGUGAUGACAUUGACGAUGUUGGCCUUCCUUCUCAAUUGAAGUUGCUUCCUGAUAAUGAAGCUGAUAUACUAGAAUUGAGUUAUAGCAGUGCCGAGGUUAGUCGUCAAAAUAGUACAAGAAGACCAAAAGCAAAUACUUUUGCCAUCCCAAUAAGACACCUUAACGAUGCAUUGGCUGACGCAGUAAGCCCUGAAAGGAUUGUUUCAAAACCUAGUUCGAAAAAUAGAACUAUUUCUAACAAUGACUCUAUUAUGAGUCAAGAUGAUGAUAGUCGCUCUUCUAGUCCCACAAACACCGCCGCUAGUAGUACUUCGGGAAUCGAUUCAAAUACUGGUAAUAAAGAGACGGAAGAAAAAGACCAGGGGGCCAAGUCCCCAGCACUUGGGGAGAUCAUGUCUUAUAAGAAAUAUUCCGAAGAAGCAAUUCUAAAUCUAGAGAAUACUGUAUUAGCAGAAAAAAUGGAGAAGUCUACCCAAUGGCCCCAAAAAAUUGGUGCCAAAAAGAGAUCAAAGAAAUUCUCCGAAUUUAAUGUUUUAAAAGACAUGGGUGAAGGUGCUUAUGGUAAAGUUGUUUUGGCUCAACACAAGGAAGAUUCCGUAUAUAAAAUUAUUAUCAAGUGUAUCGAUAAAGAGAGAAUCUUGGUCGAUACCUGGGUACGAGACAGAUCCUUGGGUACCAUACCUUCUGAAAUUCAAAUCAUGGCCUUUUUAAAUAAUGAACCUCAUCCAAAUAUUAUGAGAAUCAUUGAUUAUUUUGAAGAUCCAAAGUAUUAUUAUUUGGAGACUCCCAUCUUCGGAGAUCCACCAGCAAUCGAUUUAUUUGAUUUCAUCGAAAUCAAAAAGGAUAUGACUGAGCUAGAAUGCCAGUUUAUUUUCAAACAAAUUGUUCUGGCCAUUUAUCAUCUACACAAAAAUGGUAUAGUUCAUCGUGAUAUUAAAGAUGAAAACAUUAUAGUCGACGAAAACGGAAUAAUCAAAUUGAUAGACUUUGGAAGUGCUGGUUACACUAAACUGGGUCCUUUUGAUGUUUUCGUUGGAACUAUAGAUUAUGCAUCUCCUGAAGUAUUACGAGGUGAAAAGUAUGAAGGGAAACCACAAGACAUUUGGGCUUUGGGUAUCUUGUUAUACACCUUACUUUACAAAGAAAAUCCUUUCUAUAAUGUGGAUGAAAUUAUGGAAGGUGAUUUAAGAGUUCCUGGCGUUAUUAGCGAUAAGUCUUUGAACCUUAUCAAAAGAAUUCUCAAUAAAGAAGUCGAUCAGAGACCUACGAUCACAGACAUUGUUGAAGAUGAAUGGUUGGACAUCUAA